GAGGCCUGCUGAGUCAGCAUUUGAGUACCUGAUAUAGGGGGCUUCCUUAUCUUUUUCCAGGUACCCGAAGUCGGCGAAACGAAGCCUUUGCACACUGAGAUGAUUGAAAAUGGAGUUUGAGUCUCUCGGCCAGAAUUACGCAACAGCCAUCAGGCUGAUCGAUGAGGCCCAUGCGGCGGAUCCUCGGACAGUGCCCGGCGACGACGGGCCGGUGCCGUAUGAGCUGCACUACGCUCGGAAAAUGACUCGCUGGCUGGGCCUGCGUGAACCUGCCGCGUCUCCGGCGUUGCAGCUCGCCUGCCGGGCGCAGCACUUUCGUCGCUGGGAGCUGCCCCGCUCGAGCUAUCCUAUGACGCGCGCCGGCUAUCUCACCUGGCGCGCAAAGCAGAAGGCGCAGGCCGCCGCACAGGUCGCCGAGCUGCUGUCUUCGUCGGCCGACAUCCAGCCGCCGCUGCCCCCCGAGGAGGUCGAGCGCGUGGCAGCGCUGGUGCGAAAGGAGGACCUCAAGAACAACGACGAGACCCAGGCGCUCGAGGAUGUGGCCUGCCUCGUCUUCCUGGACGAUCAGUUUGACGAGUUUGAGAAGAAGAGCGAAAUUGACGAGGAGAAGAUGGUGGGCAUCCUGCGCAAGACGUGGGCCAAGAUGACCGAGAAGGGCAGGGAACUGGCAUUGGGCAUGGAGCUCAGCGAACGGGCAAAGGCUUUGAUCGGGAAGGCACUGGAAAGCGAGAAUCAAUCUUAAGUCCGGUCUUGGGCGUCCAUGUCGUUCCAUCAACCACUUGCUUGCUUCAUUCACCUGGGAGCUUCUUUUCUACUCCAACUACACUCCUCGCCCCUGUUCCGGGGGGGCCGGCAACCCGGCUGCCGAUCCAUGGUUUUGCGCAUGCCGAUGGCCCCGCCCUCGGUGUAACUCGCCCCGAGAUCGCCCCAUCCUUGCGACCUCCCGUCCCCCGGCCCGGCCAGUGUGUCGGGAGGGG